GGAAGGCUACAUUUUUCCAACCGGUGGGGUUGUGAAACAGUUACAGGUGUGACAACAUUCAGCGACUAGAAUUCCAGUGAAUUACAAGUUCCUUUCAAUAUCGUCUGCCUAGCAGGGACCCCUAUCAUUCUGGUUAAGUUGAACUAACUCAGAAUGGACGGGGGAAAGAGGGUCUGGGUCCCUCACAAUAUUGAGGGCUUUAAGCUAGGCCGGAUUGUGGACAUAGGCUCGGAUACAAUUUGUAUCGAGCCCUUCGAUGCCCCGGGGACUACAAUCAACUCGCUGUACGACAGAACCUUCCCUGCUGAGGAGUAUGACAACAAGGACUGUGAGGAUAACUGUGCCUUGAUGUAUCUGAAUGAGGCAACUCUUCUACACAACAUUAAAAUCAGAUACAUGAAGAACCAGAUCUAUACAUACACUGCAAACAUUCUGAUUGCCAUAAACCCGUACUAUGAGGUUCCUGACUUGUACACAGUCGCAACAAUCAAGAAAUAUCAGGGCAAGUCUUUGGGGACAUUACCACCUCAUGUCUAUGCUAUAGCUGACAAAGCCUACCGUGACAUGAAGGUGACCAAGAGCAGUCAGUCAAUCAUCGUCAGUGGUGAGUCAGGUGCCGGCAAGACGGAGUCAACCAAGCAUGUCCUCAAGUACCUGACAGAGAGCUGGGGGACACAUGCCGGUCCCAUAGAGCAGCGGAUCCUGGAAUCAAAUCCACUGCUUGAAGCUUUUGGAAAUGCUAAAACUGUGAGGAACAACAACAGCAGCCGCUUUGGCAAGUUUGUGGAGAUUCACUUUGACAACAAGAAUUCUGUGUGUGGCGGGUUCAUCUCCCAUUAUUUGCUUGAGAAGAGCCGUAUUUGUACGCAGUCCUCAGAGGAGCGCAACUACCACAUCUUCUACAGGCUGUGUGCAGGUUCACCUGAAGACCUGCGGCAGAAAUUCAAGCUUGGGGCACCUGACCAGUACCAGUACUUGAAAAGAGGGAACACUCAGUACUUUUGCAACCGCAAGUCAGAAAAGAAUAUGAGUGACAACAGGAAGAGUCAACAGUACCUGAAACAAGGAAGUCUGAGGGACCCAGUGCUGGACGACAUCCAAGACUUCAAUGUGUGUGAUGCCGCCAUGAAGCACCUGGGCUUCAAGGAUGAAGAGAGGCUGGGCAUCUACGCUCUUGUGGCAGCCAUUUUACAUCUGGGCAACAUUUCUUUUGAGGACAACGCUGAUGAUGCAAAAGGUGGCUGCAAGGUGGUGAAAGCAGCUGAAGAUUCACUGCAGAUGGCUGCGUCACUUCUGUCUGUGGACAAGGAUGAACUGAGAGACUCGUUGAUCAGCAGGGUCAUGCAGGCCACCAGGGGUGGCUCUAAGGGGACGGCUAUCAAGGUCCCCCUGAAGACCUCUGAAGCCUCCAAUGCUAGAGAUGCUUUAGCCAAGGCUGUCUACUCGCGUAUGUUCGACUACAUCGUUGAUAUGGUCAACAAGGCCAUCCCAUUUGGUACCUCUGUUAGCUACAUCGGUGUGUUGGACAUUGCUGGAUUUGAAUAUUUCCAAGUGAACAGUUUUGAGCAGUUUUGUAUCAACUACUGUAAUGAAAAGUUGCAACAGUUCUUCAACGACAGAAUCCUAAAAGAAGAGCAACAACUCUAUGACAAGGAAGGCUUGAAUGUGAAGAAGAUUGAGUGGACAGACAACCAGGAUUGUAUCGAGCUGAUUGAGGCCAAGGGCUGCGGCAUCUUUGACCUGCUGGAUGAGGAGAGCAAGCUGCCCACACCCAAGUAUGACCACUUCACCAGCGAAGUCCACUCCCGCAACAAGGAUCACUUCAGGCUCAGUGUUCCAAGAAAAUCCAAGCUCAAAUUCCACAGAGAUGUUCGAGACACAGAGGGAUUUUUGAUUCGCCAUUUUGCUGGGGCUGUUUGCUAUCACACUACCCAGUUUAUUGAGAAGAACAACGACGCCCUGCAUGCGUCCCUGGAGUUCCUGAUCCAAGAUACCAAGAACCCCCUGCUCAAGAAGCUCUUCCAGGACACGGAGUCUACAGCAGGCAAGCUCAACUUCAUCAGUGUGGGCUCCAAGUUCAGGAAACAGCUGUCUAUCCUCAUGGAGAAGCUCAAAACUACAGGCACCAACUUCAUCCGUUGUAUUAAGCCUAAUGCUAAAAUGGUUGACCACAUGUUUGAAGGGUCAAACAUUCUCAGCCAGCUCCAAUGUGCAGGCAUGGUGUCAGUGUUGGACCUUAUGCAGCAAGGCUACCCCUCGCGUACACAGUUCUCUGAGCUGUACAACAUGUACAAGAAGUAUCUGCCACCAGAGUUGUCUCGCCUUGACCCACGCCUCUUCUGUAAAUCACUGUUCAAGGCUCUGGGCCUGGACGAGAAGGACUUCAAGUUUGGGCUGACCAAGGUUUUCUUCCGUCCUGGCAAGUUUGCUGAGUUUGACCAGAUCAUGAAGAGUGACCCAGAGAACCUGGCUGAGUUGGUCAAGAAGGUCAAGAAGUGGCUGCUCCAGUCCCGCUGGAAGAAGGCCCAGUGGUGCACCCUGUCAGUCAUUAAAUUAAAAAAUAAGAUCCGCUAUCGUGCCACCAAGUUCAUUAUGAUUCAGGCCCAUGUGAGGAUGUGGAGAUGUGCCAGAAAGUUCAAACCUAAAUAUGAGACCAUCCAGAAAGUGAAGUCGUUCCAAGCUCAGCGCACAUUGAUGGACCAGAUUGUGUCCCAGCUGAAGAAAGAAAAAGAGCAGUGGAUGAAGGCAGUCAAGGAGGUGGAGAACAGCCAGGAGGACUUCAUCAAGAAGAUUAGGACGACUGAUAUGAAGCGUGAAGAAAUGACCCGGAUGACCAACACUCUGGCAGCAAACAUGGAUUCUCUUCUCAAAGACUUGACCAAGAAACUUGAGGAGCAGAAGAACAAGGAGGAGCAGGAGAGGCUUAGGAAAAUACAGGAACAACUGGAACUGGAGCGCAAGCAAAGAGAAGAAGAAGAAAGAAAGCGUAAAGAGGAGGAAGAACAGAGGAAGUUGAAAGCUGAUCUGGAGAGGAAGAGGCAGAAAGAAGAGGAAGCCAGGAAGAAACAAGAGGCUGAGGACAAGAAAGCUGCGGAGGCGUUACAGAAACAGCUCAAUGAGCAAGCUAAAGAGAAUGCACAGAGACAGGCCGCCCUGAACCAGGAACACAGGGACAGGGAGCUUGCCCUACGUCUGGCCAUGGAGGACCAGAGUGCUGUAGAAGAUAUUAUCCUGCCACCCCCCUUGCCACGCGCUGCCUCAGUUGUUGCCGCACAGAAAGCUGCUGCGUCUAAGAAGUACGACCUGACCAAGUGGAAGUAUGCUGAGCUACGUGAUGCCAUCAACACAUCUUGUGAUCUGGAGCUCUUGGACGCUUGUCGUGAAGAGUUCCACCGCCGCUUGAAAGUCUACCACGCAUGGAAGACGAAAAACAAGAAGAGGACAGACAAGAAGGAGCAGCACGCUCCCAACUCUGUUGAGGCCAAUGCUGCAUCUCCUGCCCCCCCUACCCGAGGGUCAGCCCCAGCCAACGCCCAGCAGCGCUACUUCAGGAUCCCAUUUGCUCGUCCCUCAGAUGAGUACCGUGAGGAGACCAAACAUGGCAUGUGGUACGCCCACUUUGAUGGCCAGUGGAUAGCCAGACAAAUGGAGAUCUAUCCUGACAAGACGCCCAUCCUGCUGCUGGCUGGUAUUGAUGACAUGCAGAUGUGUGAGCUGUCUAUCGAGGAGACAGGGCUGACACUGAAGAAAGGCGCUGAAGUUUUGGAAAAUGAAUUUGAAGAAGAAUGGAACAAACACGGAGGACAGAAUGUUCUGAAGGCUAAUGCCAAGAAGAUCACCUCCAAGUUUCUGCAGAAAAAACUUGGUAUAACAAAGUAGAUAACUGUUAGCCAGAGAAACUGUUUAUUUAUAACAUUCCAUUCAACUAAACAUUCCUCUCACAAAACUAAUUGUCCUUCUCUCAAGGGGAAGUAAGUAAUAGUCCAUGGAUUUUUUUUUUAUUGUCAAUUAUUAUACAAGCUAGCUCAAACGUUUUUAAAAAAUCCAGUUUAAACUUAGCAGCACCUAAAUAAUUAAAUUUUUUGUUGACAAAUUAUAAUUAAAGGAAUUAAAAGCUAAUUUUAUUCCACAACACAUAUUUUAAGGCAAGUAGUUUGUUAAAUGAAAUAGUUUUUCAUGUCCGCUCUAUCUGAGAUCACAUGCUCAUCUGAUUAUAAUAUCAUGUUUUUUAUCAUGGUAGAAUACAUCUAGGGUUGUGUUGUAUCAUUAGUAAAGCUUACAAUCAUCUGUUAUAUUUAUUGUUCAGUUCAGAGCUCACAUACUAUACCACAAAUCUUGUUUGUCAUUCAAUGCUGUAGUUUACUAGACUUUUCUCAUGCUUUUUAUACCUUAAAGACAGACAUGUUUUGUUUGAUACAAACACAUUUACAUUUUGGCAUAAUUGACAAUGUGUUCAGUAUUGAAUAUCCCACCACUUUGCCUUCAUGGAAAUAAUUUAUGCAAGUAGGCCAAAUUAUGUUUAUUGUUUUGGAUCGGGACCAGAUUUUUUUAAGUAUACAAAUUUGCUGUAAAGAAAAAAAAAGGGUAAAAAUAGACUGCACCGUGUGAAGUGGGCAGGAACAAAGAUGGAUGUUGAAGGAUUCUUGGCUUUACUAAAUAAACGUUGACUCUUUAGGUGCAAGUUUUAAACUAUUUUUGUUGUAGCUUGCACAACUGUCUCUUUAAAAUUUAUUUAUUUUAAUGUUUAAAUUUAUUUUUAUAAUGCCAAUUAAGGUUGUUAUAUUGGAUGUUAUUUUAAGUGUUGUUUUUACAUAUGAUUAACUCAUACAACAUGAAAACUGUAUAGCAAACAAGCCAUUAAAAUCGUAAGACAGACUUUAGCGUGAUACAACUUCGGGUGAUUCAGAAUUGUGAGGGCAAGACUGCAUCUUUAUUUUUCUAGAUAAAGCAUUACAUUUCUUUUGUGAACCUUCAUACCAGCUGCCUUCAGCCUGAGUAACAUGUAGUUACCCAGGGGAAUCUAGUUUAGUUUUUUUUUUUUUUUAAAUCUCACUUAUUGGUCACAUUGUGUUGUAAAGAAACUAUUUUUAGAUUUGUGUUCCUGUGUAAUGGAGUUAUCUAACAUGUGUUGAUGUGAUUUAUUGUAUGCUGCACAUGACUGAAUACCUUUGCUAUUUUUGUAUGCUUACAUUUUUUUGUAACAAGUAAACAAACUAGCCAUCUUGAAUGUUUGUAUGAACUUAAACAUCAGUGUAGUUUAGAAUUCAUUGAACCACAUUGCCAGGACAGCAAAUAAAAUCUAAUCCACCUUUUUUUCUAAUUUAGUAAAUACCAUAUAUUACAUACUUAAAUGUUUGCUUUGAAUAGAUCUAUUUUGUAAUAAUUUAUAAAAGUGAUGUUUGGGGUAUUGUUCUUUUUUAUCUAAAUAAACAACCACAAGGUUUUAUUUGUGAUAUAUUAAAAAUAAAGAAAUUCUUUUUUUAGAUGUAAAAUCUAUUUUGUGAUCAUUUAUUCAUGUUGUACAACACAUUCCAGGCUUCAAGAAUAAAAAAUAAAUUGAUCUCAGUC